AUUAUAGCUAGGCCAUGACUUUUGUUUCAUGUGGUUUCUUUUUAAAACACUAACAAACAAUGAAUAUUCUGAAAUUAAAGAAAUGCUGUUGUUGUUGUGUCGAUUUGCGCUGUGGCUGUGUCAUAAUCUAUGCGAUCGAGUUCUUUUUUGCUGUCUGCGGUCUUUGCCUGGGUGAAUGGUCUGAAAAUAAUCACUUUUGGAUAGUGUUACGCAUCGGUUAUAUGGCGCACCUGAUUGGCACCGUUUUUCUGCUCAUGGGCAUCAUUUUAAAAUCGCCUAGCUUUUUGAUGGUUUAUUUGGUAACAAAUGGCAUACACGUUUUUACCAGCACUACAUACCUCAUUCUCUGGGCUUUGCGAUGUGUUCGUUGUAUUUAUGUUGUGACGUUGUCAACUUUUGGAAUUUUGUGUAGCAUUUACUUUUGGUUAAUUGUCUACUCAUUACGACUCAGAUGUAAAUGGGAACAGUCAAUAGACUAUGAUGGUUCGGUUUUCUAACUGUAUUAGGCAUAUCUUGGUUAAAAGGUUUUUUUUAAAUUCAAAAUUCCAAAUUUUUUUGACAUCUUAUAUACAAACCUUCUGAAAAUCUCAUUACUUAAACAAAGUUAAAAAAAAAAAAA